AUGCCCAAUACAUCGUCACCUAAAUGGAAUGACGAACAGUGGCUUGUUCGAAAUAUCCCCACGAGUGCAAAACUCUUUGUUACUAUUUAUGAUAAAGAUGACGUAAAAAUAACUGAUGAUUAUGUGGGUUUAUUCGAAAUUGAAAACAUUGUCAAUUAUCAGGCACCUGAAGAUGGACAUAACAUAAUCGGUCCAUUGAACAAAUAUCGUGGUCGUUUUCAUUUAUUCAUUGAAGCAAUCAAAUCAUCCAUUGAAAAUCAACAAUUGCCAGCUUAUACGUAUGAUGGACCUUGCCGAUAUUCUCGGCAUGAUGAUUUUUUCCUUGGUCAUCUUACCAUGCUUAAUUCUAAUUAUGUCUAUUCAACAUGGAAAAUACAAUUGCGACGAAUCGCUUACUUUUUUGGCUAUCAUGAACGUCAUCAUUGGAACCUACAAUCUAGAAAUGCUAAAAUCGUAUUUGGUGAUGGUUCUCUCUCGUUGGCCACACAAGCCUCUCUAAAACUGGCUCAUAGAACACUUUAUAGACGAACUUUGAAGAACACCGAAAACGGACGAUUGACCAAUAGUGAUGAUUUGUGGAAAUCGGUGUUCAUAAAUAAAACAACAGAACGGAUUAAACCAUGCGUUUACACCUAUAUUAUUGACGAUUGUACAUGGCGAUUUAGUGAAACUGGACAUAAGAUUUUUGCUGAUUUUGCAAGUAAACAUGUUUUGCUUGCCAAUGCUGCCGAAUAUGUACGUUAUGCAGGUGAAUUUCAUCCACGCCCAAAGUUUGGUUGGGAUCGAUGUGAUGAUGAAUGGGAGCUCGUAUUCGACAAUGCAUCCGGUACAUAUACACCACGUGCAGAUUUGUUCACAAAUUUAAAAGAACUCCUGUUGUUCAACUUUCCUGGUUUAAAUGUUGUCACAUAUGACUUUAGAGAUCCAUUACUUAAAGAAAGCAUCGAACAAUUGAAAUUGGCUGCUGAAAAAUGA